AUGGAUGAUUUGGACGAGCAACUAAAACAAUUAAAUUUAAUAAAUGGACGCCUAUCCGUUGCCGUAUCUAACAAAGAAUCUAUUCCAGAAGGACGUCAUGUUGGUGUCGCCAAGCUUGUUAGCAACAUCGAAGAGAGAAAUAAUUUGUCUUCAGCGCAAAUUUAUAACACUGCCAAUAAAAAGGUGGGUCCUCCACUAGUUCCUCCGAAACCACAUAAGAAGUCAACGAAUAUUUUGGAUAAUCCAGACGCAAGUCACUAUGAAACCACAACAGUUGGAGCAGGAUUUGCAAAGCAACCGUUGUUGUUACGCAAACAGUCGUCUACAUCCGCUGUCACUUCAGCACCAGGUAUUCCUUCACUACUUGCUUCUCCCAAGGUGACACUAGACAAUCCAGCUAUAUUGGAACAACAGUUGGAAGCUCUUGAGCAUCAUAAAAAACAAUUGGAGAAAAUGGGUAAAAUUAGCAAUCGAAAUGACGCCACUACUGUGCCAAAACCAAAAUUAUCGACAAUUCCAAAAUUAUCAUCCACUUCGCUUUUGUCUGAUGUACCCAUCAAACCGCAGUUAUCGCUGGACAGCUCCAGUGCCACAUACGCGAACAUGAGACGAACAAACUCUCCAUCGCUUUCAUCGCCUGGUGGUGGUAUGAACAACAUUAAAAACAAUGUCUAUAGCAACAUAGGCAAUAUUUAUUCCAAUCUACAAUCUUCGUCUGCAUCACAGCCACUAAGGGACUCUGGCGAUGGCAGUAUAUACUAUGCUCAGAACAUGUCCAUGAUGCCUGAAGACGAUAUACCGCCUCCUCCCAGUCCAGUCAGUUCGUCCUACAGCGAAUUGAGGCGAGCCACUGAAGUAUUUAAAACAAACAAUGCACCUCAUAAGCCAAUUCCAACAUCAAACGAGCAGAUGUGUAUUGCCAAACCCGUAAGUGGCUACGGUUUACCAUUGGAUCACAAGACACAUGUAGCUGCAAAUGAUUCAGGAUAUAUCAAUAAACCAUACAUGUCCAAUAUGGGGUACAACAAUUACAAUAAUAUGCAACAACAGACUAAUUCAACUGCCAAUUCCGACUUUUAUGGCUACGGCGGAUUCUCUCAAACAUCGUCUACUUACGAAUCGAUAUAUGAGCCAAUUAAUCCGAGGCCACCAAGUCAAAUGUCCACUAAUUCGAACAACACAAUGUAUCCGUCAUGUGUAAAGGGAUUGGGGAGUAUGGGGAAUAUGCCACACUGUGCCGGCAUUCUAAGCAAGAGCAACAGCAGCAAUUUGAGUCUUGAAAGCGGCAUCGAUUCUAAUAUGCCAAUAUAUCCAAAACCAACAAGGGACAGUGCCAGUGGUAUUUUGGCCCCCGGUUCGUCUCGUCGUAAGGAGGACGAAGUGGAAGCGCUCACUGAUUAUUUAGUACAGUCGAUGGGUUCUCCACAGGAUUUGGAAAGUUACGGAAUAUGCUACAAAUGCAAAGAACGUGUUGUUGGAGAAAAUUCCGGAUGUACCGCCAUGGAUCAAAUAUAUCACAUUGCAUGUUUCACAUGUGCACAAUGUGCCCUGAACCUACAGGGCAAGCCCUUCUAUACUUUGGAUGGAAAGCCGUACUGUGAGUAUGAUUAUUUGCAGACGUUGGAAAAAUGUUCGGUAUGCAUGAAUCCUAUUUUGGAGCGUAUAUUACGAGCCACUGGCAAACCAUAUCAUCCACAGUGCUUCACUUGUGUGGUUUGUAAGAAAAGUUUAGACGGAGUACCAUUUACAGUGGAUGCAACCAAUCAAAAUUAUUGCAUUGAAGACUUUCAUAGGAAGUUUGCUCCAUGCUGUUGUGUAUGCAAAGAACCAAUUAUGCCGGAGCCAGGGGAAACUGAAACUGUACGUGUAGUCGCGCUAGAUCGAAGCUUCCAUUUUGAGUGUUACAAAUGUGAAGAUUGCGGUUUGUUACUUUCGUCCGAGGCCGAAGGGCGUGGCUGUUAUCCUCUUGACGAUCAUGUUUUGUGCAAGAGUUGCAAUGCCAAGCGUGUUCAAAUACUUACCACUCAGAUGCUGGGAAAUACUACAGAACUUUAA